AAGAGGUUCCCACUGCCAUUGUGAGGAUCUCGGCGAUUUAUGAGGGAGGGUAUACUUAUAGUAACCAUACUAUCUGGCACAAGGAGCUAACCGAUAAAAAGGAUGACUUUUCAUCAAACAUCAGAAGAUUAUCCAUAUGGCUUUUGUUUUUCGAUGGUCUCGUGUGUUCACUCGAACAAGAUAAGUACAUUAUUUUGUUUAUUAGUAAUCGUUGUUGUUGUCAUUAUUUUAACCAAAUGCACUAGGUGUUUUUCAUUGACGUGAUAAAAAUAUAAUCUAAAUCUAAAGCACGUAGAUAUUUCAGAUUAUUUUGCAAUGUUUUUUUUCAGUAUUAUAUUAUACCAGGGAUGUUUUGCUGUAAUUUUUCAGCCGCGCCUUUUAAAGAGAUGAAAAGAAACAGAAGAGCCAGAAGAAAACCGCAUCGCGAAACAUAUCGCGAACCGUUGCUUGUUUCCUUCAGUCUAUCUCCUUCCCCCUUUUAUCCUCAUAACUAACAUACUUUUAUUGUUGAAAAAUGAUAUUUUAAAUUUUUGUGUAUAAUACGGAUAUAAUUUACUGUUUUUCUUUUUCCAGAUAAUAUUGUGACAGUGGAGCGCUCUGACAUUGCAUGCAACGCUGAAAACAUAGAAGUGUUUCUCCCCAAAAGUCUGAUACAUUCAACAUCAUCAAUGACGUGGUUCGAUCCAAACUGUAGCAUUGCUUUUAACGGGACCCAUUUCAUCUCAAAAAUAUUGCACGACCAGUGUGGAACGACCGUCGGCUUAUCACAAAGUAAUGUGAUCUUUGAGAACAAAAUCAUCGUCCACCCUUUCAAGACAGAAAAUUCCGUUUUGGACUUUGGCACAACCCCUACGGAAAUUUCAGUGAAGUGCAUUUAUCCAAGAGCGGAAAUGACCAUGUCCUCAUAUCAACCGGUCAAACAACAGGUGAGAGUGUACGAGAAGCGAUUUGGACACUUGGAUAUAGAUAUGCGACAGUAUGAAACGAACCAGUUCAAACAUGCACUUAACGACCUCAGCACGCCACGGAAGCUUGAAUUGAGCUCCGAUAUCUUCAUUAGCGUUGGUCUACCAACAGGGGACACAUCUGGACUGGGGGUACACCUUGAUACGUGCAUAGCAACAAAAACGUCUACACCAUAUGACAACGUAUUUAUAACACUCAUAGAAAACGGGUGCUCUAAGGUCAACUUUGUACAUUUUCUUCCAUCACCAGCCAACGAGGCUCGCUUCAGCUUGAAGACUUUCCAGUUUACGUCCAGUCAAUCCAAUGUAGUGUACAUUCACUGCCAGGCGGUCGUCUGUUUGGCUAACUCCUCACAGUGCUCGACAGAUUGUUCACCCAGCAGACGAACGAAGCGUGACGUCAGCUCUGACACGUCACACUUGCUUUCUAUGGGACCUUUGAUGUUUGUCACUAAACGUGAGAGAGAGUUACAUAUAAUUCCCGAUCCCCAGAAAGCCUCUUCAAAUGUCGUUGCCAACAUCAUCGCCGGCGUGUCUGCUACGGUUGCCAUGGUCGCCGUCGUCUAUGCAGCCUUGAGUAGGAGAAGAAUCAACUCUGUACAAUUUAAAAACAAUAGAAAAGACAAUGAUACAACCAAUUUCUGAAUAAUGUCUGCAUAUCUACUGUAAAUGAGAGGUUAAUUUGUUAUAAAUUAAAAUACCGUUAGCCAGAUUUUGAAUUUGACAUUUUCAUUUAACAAAAACAAAGUUGACACGUGCAUGGACAUCUGUGAUGUGAAUAGGAUUGAAAAACUGAUAUUUGAUAUCGGGUAUAAACCGAGUGAAAUUAAGAGGUGUUUAUGUAAAUUGCGUGACUGUUGUAGUAUUCUACGCAUUUGAAUCAGAAAUUGGCCAGAAAUUGCGAUAGUAUAUAUCUAACUAAAGAUACUCAAUACCAGUCAAUAUUGUAAACUAAAACAACAGAUGUUGAUAAUCAUCUAUAUAAAUAUUUGCUCGUCUCUCCCGAUACCUUUCUGAUUUUAAAGGACAAGUGACUAAGUCAUGUUAUAUUUUUUUAUUUUACUGGUGGGCAUCGGGCAGGUCUUUUGUCUCCCAAAUAUUUUCAAAAAAACAGAUACACUGGAGGACAAGAUUUUCAAAUGCCGACUAUUCGGCGCCAACGACCCAAUACCGCAUUGCAGAAAAGAGCCGAAUCCUGAAAAGUGCGUUAAAACUUUCAUGGAUCUCGUCAGAACAUGCAUUAAGUUGGAAUACGAAAAACAUAAUCCGGAAAUUUCAAAAAUCAACGCGGAAUGCAUCAAGACGUGUGAUACUUCUUACACCAUGCGAUGCCAAAGGAGGAAUUGCAGGAGAAUUUCCAGAAAAACGUGCAGAUGCACCGAGAAGAAAAAACCGACGUGUGGCGCGAUUUGCUCUGAAAAAUCCACAAUAUGUCAAAACGGAAAUUGCAUAACCAAUGAAGGUUUAUGCAAAUUUAUUUGCCCAUAAUGAUACAGAUCGGCAUACGAAGAAAAUUGGGUAGCCGUUGUGAAUAUACAUAUACAUUGUAUAAUACUGUUUGAAAUAAAAACAGUUAUCUGAA